AUGGGAUCUUUACAGCCUCGGAAGCCGUUAUGGACCCCAGCUCACACAAAGCAGACGACGAUUGUGAAGUUCAUACACUAUGUUAACAAAAAUCAUAAGUUGCAAUUACAGACAUACGAUGAUCUGUGGAACUGGUCGGUCCACCCACGGACCCUAAGAACCUUUUGGAGAGACGCGUACAUAUUUUUGGGGAUUGCGCCGCCCUCCCGAAGUGAGAAACAGAUAGGACCUGCCCUUCACAGUUUGGACGGACAGUCACAACUCAUGUUCCCCCCUCCGACCUUUUUUCCAGACGAAAAGUUCAACCUUGCCGAAUUCAUACUUAGAGGUCACGAAGAUGGUAAAGUCGCUAUUCACUUUGUCCGCGAGGGCAAGCCAGGAGUGGAACAUGUCACCUGGUCUUCUUUGAGACAGCGUACAGCGGAGGCAUACGAUGCAAUGGUCAGCAGUGACGUCAAACCAGGAGACAUAGUCGCUGUUGUCAUGGCAAAUUCAGUUGACACAAUCGUCUUAGCACUUGCCACCCUUUCGAUAGGAGCUGUGUGGGCUUCCGCAUCGCCUGAACUUGGUGUUCAGGCAAUCAUCGAUCGAUACGACCAACUUAAGCCCGCAAUUAUCUUCGCAGACGAUGCUUACAUUUAUGCUGGAAAGACCAUCGUUUUACAGGACCGAAUCGAGUCGUGGUCCAAAUCAUUAGCUGCACACAAUGAAAAACUUGUGAAUGUCGUCGUUCUUGCAUAUUGUGGAGGUCCUGUCGAGAUAUCGAGAAUCGGUCGUGGUAUAUCAUGGGAUGACUUCAGACAACGCAAAACUGGCCGUGAACUAUCCUUUUUGCAAUCGCCGUUUAUUCAUCCUGCAUUUAUUUUGUUCUCAUCUGGCACAACUGGAGCUCCAAAGUGCAUAGUUCAUUCCGCAGGCGGAGUAGCCCUAAAGGUCAACUGUGACUCCCGGCUUCAGAAUGAUCUACGACCUGAAGAUGUGUUUUUUCAAUAUACCACAACUGCCUGGGUCAUGUGGGUCCUCAAUUUUGUGAAUCUCUCCAUUGGAGCAACCAUGCUUCUUUAUGAUGGAUCUCCAUUUCAUCCAGAGCCGGGUAUUUUGCUGAAACUGGCACAAAAUUUAGGUGUCACCGUCUUUGGAACGUCACCGAGAUAUUUAUCUGAGUUAUCAUCGAGAAAUAUUAUGCCACGAAAACAAUAUAAUAUGUCCAACUUACGAACUGUGACAUCGACUGGUUCAGUGCUCACUAAAGAACAAUACGAAUGGUUCUAUCAGGAUGGAUUUCCUAAACACACUCAACUUAUAUCGAUGAGUGGAGGGACCGAUAUCGCUGGAUGUUUCGUAGGAGGAUGUGCCAUCCUCCCCGUCUAUGCCGGAGAAAUCCAAGCAAAAUGCCUAGGCAUGAGCAUUGAUAUUCUUGACGCUUCUAGGAUAGAUCCGGUGUCAAUCGAAGAUCUGCAUCAACCAGGAGAACUGGUUUGCCGACAGCCCUUUCCUAGCCAGCCACUCCAGUUCUACGGUAUGAGCGGGCAAGAGAAAUACCAGAAAUCCUAUUUUUCAACUUUUGGGAAUGGUAUCUGGUGCCAGGGGGACUUUAUACAGAAGAUUCGUCACAGCAAUGGUCUUAUAUUGCUGGGAAGAUCGGAUGGUGUCCUAAAUCCAUCCGGGGUCCGGUUCGGAUCAGCAGAGAUCUAUUCGGUCACUGAAACUAUGAAAGACAUUUCUGAUGCAAUUUGCGUCGGACAAAGACGAUCAUUCGACGACGAGGAGAUUGUCUUACUGUUUGUGAAGAUGAAACCAUCUCAUAGACUAACUCCACAGUUGACGACUUCACUCAAAACCGCAAUCAAGGAAAGAUACUCGAUCAGACAUGUCCCCGCAUACAUAUUUGAAGUGCCGGAUAUCCCAUACACGAUCAACGGAAAGAAGUGUGAGAUUAACGUGAAACAGAUCGUGAGUGGAAUGAACACGAAAGUCAGUGGUACGGUGGCGAAUCCGCAAAGUUUGGAAGCGUAUAAGAAUUAUUUUAACUUGCCGCAGAGGGAAAAAGGAAAAUCUAAAUUGUAA